AUGACGUUGCCACACGCAAAAAGAGCGGAGAGCGGACGCCAGUCCUCGCGCAGCGUCGCUGCAGACCGCCGCACCCUGCCGAAGACUUCGUCUAAAUCAGCAACGUCGAACUACACUGCCCGCCCCUGGGAGCCUCAGAAAGCCCGCGGAAAUCCACCGACGCACCCUCCGCUUCUCUGCGCAGGACCGACAGCGGGUACCAGGCCAGACAAGUCUCCGCAGAAAGACUUGCGCGCCAGAGACUCGCCCCAAAAGGAGAGCGCGCGCCCAGCGAAGGCGAGACAAAAUUCCGUCAACGAGAGCCCGAAAGCUGCGCCGGCCGCCUCGCGACCACGGCCUGACACCCCCGCUGCGACGUCAAAAUGCCCGGCGCCGAAAUCCAACAUGCCCACCUCGCAGUCGAGGCAUAAUUCGCCGGAGGCCACAGCAGGAAUUCCUCAACACACGCUCGCUGUGAGGGGUUUUCAAUCGCCCUUUGCCAGCGUCCAGUUCGCGCCUGCGUCCUUUUGUAUCGACCUCACAGGCUCAAUCGGCACCACACACCCGAAGGCGCCCCUGGCGAUCAACUCACGGGCGUUCUGUGGCCGCACGCAGACGACGAUUCGGCACGUACCCGCCGCGCACCAGCAUGCCCGGCCCCCGCGGGCUCCUCAGACUGCUCUAGGUGGGAAUGUGCUUCGAUCGGCGGCGACCGGCGUGAUGCACUUCGGAGGCGGUGCGGCGUCCUCUGGAGCUGCGAGUCGCCCUACGCUGAUCCCGGCUGCCCCCCUAAGGUGCAGCUACUGCUGCGCGACGCUGCGGGAGCGAAAGUACUUUGCAGCAGCAUGGCCAGAGCUCAUCAUGUGUGCCCGCUGCAGCGACGCACUGCCUAGCUGCCAUGUCUGCCACCGCAAAGCUGCGGAAGUCAGGCACACGCAGGAGUCGAGCCAGCCCUGGAGCCAGCUGUGUGGCGGAGAGGAACCCCUGACGUCAAAGACGCCGACUGGCACGGAAAACGGGAAAAACGCAACUCGGCUCACGCAAAAGCCGCCAGUCCGGGUAGGGGGCCUAAACUUGUGCGGCGGCUGCGCCUCGCUGGGGCCGGUCCUCAACGAAAGGCAGGUCGAACGACUGCUUGGUGAAGCGCUUGAGUUCCUCCAUGAGCAAGCGAACAUUUCGUUCAAUGACACCAAAUUAUUCCCUCUGCCCAAAGUGCCAGACACCGACGCGACCCCACCCCGCAACAAUGACGGGCAGCGGCGGCGCUUGACUUUUCCAUACCCAGUGCAAGCAGCGGAUCUCGAGCGCAUGCGAGCGUCCGAGUUCGUCCCUGCCGGGGACGCAACGCCGUUUGGAUGCUGCGAGACUCUGGAGGUGCUCGAGAAGACCAAGUCUGGGUGGCUGGCAAGAAGCCUCUCGGUGAAGCGCAUUCUUGUGGCAAAGGGCUUACCAGAAAGCGUUUUCCGGGCCCAUUUGGCACACGAACUGCUGCAUGCGUUUAUCUGGUGCACGCGGGGGGGCGAGCGUUCUGCGACCGCCAUAGAUCGCGCGGUGGAGGAAGGCCUAUGCAAUACGGUCACCAGUCGCGUGCUGCAGUUGCGAGACUCUUUGCUGGCUGCAGCCGAAAGGCGUACAGCAUGCGCGGCAUCAGGCUCAAAGGGUCAGAACCAACUCAUCUCGCGGGACGCGAAUCAGGUGCCCCAGCAUCACGGGCUGGUCCCCGCGCCCCAACAGAAACCCAACUCUGGAGAUGCGUCACAGACUGCGGGAGCCGCGGCGUUGAUCGCGCACGAGCGAAGGGUUAUUGCGGUUCGACUCGGCAUCAUGGCAAAUGACACAGACAAGAUCUAUGGAGAGGGAUACCGAGUGGUGCGUAAAGCUGUCGACGAAUGCGGCUUCCAGAAAGCUCUUCAUCUCGUGCGCACUGAAGGUAGUUCACUGGAGGUAUUCAAGAAAGCCGCUUUUGGCUCGAAGUGA